GUGGGAGCACAGCCUGGACUAGGGGAACUUUCCCUGGAACUCGGGAAGACCAGACCUGUCCGCAGGGCGGAGCACGGGGCGAGCGCUGGUGGCAGGGAGUCGGUGCACUGGGGACUUAGUGGUCAGAGCCGGGCGGCGGCGGGUCCCGCGAGCUGCAGAAGUCGGUGCCCCCGUGCGCGCUCCCGCUGUCCCAGGGCAGCCUCAUCCCCGGCGCCGCGGGCAGCACCGCCGCCUCCCGCCGGCUACGGAACAUGGCUGCGCGCCGCGCCACCGUCGCCUGCGCGCUGUUGCUGCUGUCCUCCGCCCUGCUCCGCCGAGGCUGCCGGGCGCGCUUCGCCGCCGAGUCCGACUCGGAUGAGGACGGAGAGGAAACGGUGGCGUUCCCCGAGUCGCCCCUGCAGAAACCCACGGUGUUCGUGGCCGUCCUCGCCCGCAACGCUGCGCACACGCUGCCUCACUUCCUCGGCUGCCUGGAGCGGCUGGACUACCCCAAGAGCAGGAUGGCCAUCUGGGCAGCCACUGAUCACAAUGUGGACAACACAACGGAAAUACUCAGGGAGUGGCUGAAAAGUGUGCAGCGCCUGUAUCACUACGUGGAGUGGAGGCCUAUGGAUGAGCCAGAGUCUUACCCUGAUGAAAUUGGACCAAAGCACUGGCCCAGCUCACGGUUCGCUCAUGUCAUGAAACUGCGACAGGCAGCCCUUCGAACUGCGAGGGAAAAAUGGUCAGACUACAUCCUGUUCAUAGAUGUCGACAACUUCCUGACUAAUCCACAGACACUGAACCUGAUGAUUGUAGAAAAUAAAACUAUUGUGGCGCCCAUGCUGGAGUCCCGGGGUCUAUACUCCAACUUCUGGUGCGGGAUCACACCUCAGGGCUUCUAUAAGCGGACCCCAGACUACCUGCAGAUUAGAGAGUGGAAGAGGAUGGGCUGCUUUCCUGUCCCCAUGGUUCAUUCCACCUUCCUGGUUGACCUCAGGAAAGAGGCCUCUGACAAGCUGGCUUUCUACCCCCCACACCAGGACUACACCUGGACCUUUGAUGACAUCAUUGUUUUUGCCUUCUCCAGCAGGCAAGCAGGCAUCCAGAUGUACCUAUGCAACAAAGACCACUAUGGCUACCUGCCCAUCCCUCUGAAGCCCCACCAGACGCUGCAGGAGGACAUCGAGAACCUUAUCCACGUGCAGAUAGAAGCAAUGAUUGACCGUCCGCCAAUGGAGCCUUCCCAGUUUGUGUCAGUUGUCCCUAAGUAUCCAGACAAGAUGGGAUUUGAUGAGAUUUUCAUGAUCAACCUCAAACGCAGGAAGGACAGGCGGGACAGGAUGCUGCGCACACUCUACGAACAGGAGAUCGAGGUCAAGAUUGUCGAGGCCGUGGAUGGGAAGGCACUCAACACAAGCCAGCUGAAGGCUUGGAACAUUGAAAUGCUACCAGGUUACCGGGACCCCUACUCCUCCAGGCCUUUAACCAGAGGUGAAAUUGGUUGCUUCCUUAGUCACUUCUCUGUCUGGAAAGAGGUUAUUGACCGCGAGCUGGAGAAGACGCUCGUCAUCGAGGACGAUGUGCGUUUUGAGCUUCAGUUUAAGAGGAAGCUGAUGAAGCUGAUGGACGACAUCGACAAGGCUGGGCUGGACUGGGAGCUGAUUUACAUCGGUCGAAAAAGAAUGCAAGUCAAAGAGCCAGAGAAGGCGGUGCCCAAUGUUGUAAAUCUCGUCGAAGCUGAUUACUCCUACUGGACCCUGGGCUACGCCAUCUCCCUGGAAGGAGCACAGAAACUCGUUGGAGCUGAUCCCUUUGGGAAGAUGUUGCCAGUGGAUGAAUUUCUGCCAAUCAUGUACAACAAGCAUCCUGUGGCCGAGUACAAGGAGUAUUAUGAGUCCAGGGACUUGAAAGCCUUCUCUGCAGAACCUCUGCUCAUCUACCCCACGCACUACACAGGCCAGCCAGGCUAUCUGAGCGACACAGAAACAUCAACCAUCUGGGACAAUGAGACAGUGGCCACUGACUGGGACAGAACACACUCCUGGAAGUCCCGGAAGCAAGGACACAUCCACAGCAAUGCCAAGAAUACAGAAGCACUACCACCGCCAACUUCUCUGGAAACUGUGCCUUCAAGGGAUGAACUCUGAGAGCUUCCUGGGAGUGUGGUCUUCAUGGUUCACAGCUGUCUGGUUUCUCUAAAGGGCUACUCAUCUGUUUGCUCCAGUUUGUUGUUGUUGUUGUUGUUGUUUAUAGAGAUGGCAGUCAUCUAAUCAAGUGGUUUGAUGUCAUUCACCAAAAUUCUAUAAUUUGAAUAGUGAAGAACAGAGAAAUUAAAAACCAAAUUCCCUAGGAAACCAUUACUGGAAUAGCUAAGUUAAACUUCAGUCCAAGUGCCCAGUUCUGCUCAGUAGCCAUAGAAUGCUGCUAGCCACACUGAUGUGAUAACGUGGCUCAUAGUCUCAUCCAAGAAAUGGCACCCCGAGCUGUCACAUCAGCCAGUGGACAGUCAACACAGACAAGCCAGUGGACCUCAUUUACUAAUCUGAGUGGUCCAUUUUAUGUGACUGAUGUGACCCUGAAACCAUCAAGCCAUCUAGACUACAUGUGUUCAUCUAUUUGAUGUGACCUUGAAAACUGUACUGUGUAACAAGUGUCUGGGGGUGGGGAAAUCAAACCAUUAAUUGGGCUUUUAUUCGAGGGAGCUCUGUCCUGAGCUUGUUGCAAAGUGGAUGCUUUGUUCUUGGCCUUUUUAUCCAAUGGAGUUCGUAAGUGGCUCAGGCUGAGACCUGGCUCUUGACCAUCAUGGCUGCUAGAUCUUACAUUAAAGUGUCUAGGUGCCACGUGGAUAUUUAUGGGGGAAAGAUCUCAACCCUUGGCAUUUGUAUUGUGGUUUAAGUCCAAUAUGUCUAUUUAUAAAGAAAACUGUAAUAUAUACAGGUUGUAAGGGAUGGGGUGACCCAGAACCUCACACCUUAUAUGUCACCCCUUUGCCUGGGGAUGAACUUCAGGUAUGAGUUUAAAACGUCACUGUUGAUGAGUUUAAUAUGUUACUGUUGAGAGGCUGAACACAUUUCAGCCUCACAAUUGUCCUCGCCUUGGAUUUUCAUUAUAUUCUGAAUUAUUUAUUUUACAAGUGUGGAAAAAAACAUCGUCUAUAGAUAGGGUGAAGGAGAAAAACAGGUGUCUCAGCUCUAGUUGCAUACUGGGGAAGAUCAGUGUAGACACAUGGGUCGGACCAUUUGAGUUGCCUGCAUUUCCCAGCGUGGCUUCCCAGGGAAGACCUCUGAUGACAGGCUAACCAGUUAGGAGUAAGUUACUCUCCAGUGAAUGCUUGAGACAUUGAUCUAGACAAUAGAUAUAAGUCAACAAGCCACAGCUCUCAGAGCCAAAAAUCCUAAAUAGACACCUUUCAAAAAAAAAAUCCCUAAAACUCCUUUCUUAUUCUUCAGAGGCUAAUUUUAUGUCAGGUGCAAUGCUGGGCUGUGUCAUGGCGUCCAGAUUGCCAGCCAGCUGGGAGCGCCUUGUGGUGCUUCCUUAGCCGCCCUUCCUUCCUGGUUAUGGCUCAGUCUUCUCCACUGAAGCUGAGGCCAAACUUCUCCAGCUCUGGCUUGCUCCUUCUCUUCUAGAAAAACAGAAGAGCAUCAGGGAGCUAGUGAGGAACCCUAAGUGAUUCCUAAGGUGUCUGGUAUUUUGUUUGUAAUUUGAAUGUGUGUAAGUAUGGCUGGCUUUAACUGUGUAUUUUAUAGGGGUGGGAGGUAGCUGGGGUGCUGGGAAAGGAGGGAGACUGAGUUGCAUUUUGUGUUGUUGUUGUUGCUGUCUUAAUGAGGAACUUUCCCCCAUUUGCCCUGUCAGCUGGUCUGACGGAUUUAAGAAUUUUCAUUCUUAAAAGACAUUGGAUUUCAAUUUUUGAAUUUUAGAUUAGGACUUUUCUAACUGUGAAUAAAGUUCUGGUUCUGUUAGUUUAGUGCAGCCUGUGUUUCUGCCUGCUCAGAGUGAGUCCCUUGUAAUGUUUUCAUGUACUAUUAUAAAUUGCAGAUCAAGUACUUUAAAAAGCCAUCUUUUUAGCAAUCCAGAUAGUUUGCUAAGCCUCCCUUCUGGUCUUCAACUUAGACACCUGACCACUGCCGUGAGUGGCACUUGAGGCCUUCAGUACAGAGCUUUGUUUCUGUCCCUGAAGCCUGUUCUUGGUGCCUGAGAGGCUGAACUCCAUGUGGAUUCCUCUCAGGAUCCAAACUGGGAUCUUCUGACCGAGAAGCCUGACCUUGAUAGUGUAAGUGAUGCCCUGUGUGCUGGCCCCUGCAGUCUGCAGAAGACUCAUCCUUGAGAUCCUUUGGAAACUGGAAGGAACGAGCGUCCACACACCCUGGUCUGUCUUGCUGUGCUGUUUCAGGGUAGAGAAGUGGCCAGUUGCCUUCUGGAGCGCUCCAUAAAAAUAAAAACAAGGAACCUUAUUUCUAAAUUAUGCUUGCUGCUUGGCUCUUCCAACCCUUGCCAGUGACCAACACUACUGGGUCUGCAUCAGUGUUGAAAACCAGAGAGCAUCAGGAACUGUCUGUCAUGGGAUCCCAAAGCAAAUAAAACACAGGGCUAUUGCCCUGCCCAUGCUGUGGGAAGCUGCUGUGUGUAGUAUUGUGCAAGCUGGUGUGGAUUAUGCCAUAUGUUCAAGGCAGAAGUCUCCCCCUGCAGAAAACUGAGGGUAUGGCAUAUGCUCCCCCUAGAGGAAACCGAGGGUAUGGCAUAUGCUCAAGGCAAAAGUCUCCCCCUAGAGGAAACUGAAGGUAUGGCAUAUAUGUUCAAGGCAGAAGUCUCCCCCUAGAGGAAACUGAGGGUGCCCACUGUUCAUUGUGCUAACACGUGAUCUAUCCAACCAUUCAAAGAUAAAAUGGUAGGGAGAGUGACUCUAGUAUUUCCAAUCAAAUCUCCCCCAAGUCUCCAGAGCCAUGUGUCAGGAUGGCCUGGUUUCAGGCCCUGUUUGGGGAAUGGAAACACUCAGGCGGCAAGGGCAAGUCCCCACCUCUGUGGGGGUCCAGUCAAUACAAGAACCACACAGGCAGGUAGCUGUAUUUUAGAGACUAAAAGGGGGAAAAGUGGAUUUUAGGGUCCUAGAGGAUUUGGUUCUGCUGAGGAAGUCUACAACCGACGAGGACGAGGCUGGGUGUGGAAGUUGGAGCAGUUUUAUCAGCACAGCAAAAGGAGGCCUGGGAAAGGCCAUCCAGAGUUAAUGGGAGGAUUGGUGGGAGGUUCGGGUCCAAUGAUAGAACAGGACAUAGGCAGUGCUGACAGGCCAACUUACUUACAGUCUGAUCGUGAAGACAGAGGCUGCCAUUUGGGGAGGAAGUCUAGGAUUCUAGGUUUGGUUCCUUUCCUGACAGACAGUAGAGAA